UUCUCAUUAGAUUAUUUGUAUUUCCUUAAACAAUCUUUUCCCCCUCAGGUGGCUGGGCUGUUGUUAUGUGUCCCUGUGGACAGGUAGUAUCUUUAAAGUGCAACAUUCGGGCAGAAAGUCCAAGAGAUUAUGCAGAUUUAUUGCUGUCAUGGAAGCACAUGCCAAAUGUUUCUAUAUAUGACUUCGCGAGAGGACUGGCAGUGCAUGCCAACCUCAGAGAACCUGAGAAGAUCCCUUUCAGCCCUCAUGAGGGUAGGCUAUUGGACCCCAGCCCUGGAAACAUACAGUGGGCAGCCAAUGGUGGGACGGUUCAUCUACCAUGGCUCAACACAAAGAAGACUGUACCGGACCUGGGUGGCCAUCCCCUGACUGGGUCAGCAGAGCACUAUUGUCUGUAUGACACUUUUCAUGAGGGGAACACCAAAGAUCCGAAGGAUGUUCUCCGGAGGAUCAAAAUGGUUCCUGAACUGGCAGGGAAGAUCAACAGCCAGGUUGCAGAGCAACUGUUUUCCACAAUGAAGAAAAGCAAUUAUUAUAUGAACAUGCUCUCACCAUCGGCUCAUGUCUUCCUGAUGCGCAAUGUAAUACACAAUUACAAUCAGCGCAAAACCCAAAAAAUCAUGUUGGAACUGAAGAAACUGGUAACUCCUGAAAUGCAGCUGUGUUUCAAUGUGCAUGGGCUGGCAGAAUUCUGUGCCUCCCAGCCAACAGAGCUUAGCCCCGACUCAGUUGUUGCCUCCUCUAAGCCAGCAGAAAUGGAGUAUAGCUCGGACCCAGAUCUGUCACCACCCUCAAAACGUAAGAAAUUGUAUAAGUGAUUGUGUAUAUGCAUUUUAUUAGUGAUUGUGUUUAUGUAUCUCACAACACAUUUCCUACUUUUUUUUUCUCAUCUCUUCAUUUUGAAUUAGGCUCAAAGUUACAGUUGAUCUCCUCAGCUGUUGACCCCCGUACCAACUCCAACAUCACAGUCGCGGAUUGGAAGCAACAACCAAACGCAAGACUGAGUGAAUUAGUAAGUUUGUGAUUAUUUUCUUCUGAAUUGGAAGUUUGAAAUAUGCAUGCAUUCAUAAUGUUUUGUACAUUCCCCAUAGCUGGACUAUGUAUUGGACGUUAAGGGUGACCCUAAGGAGGAAAUAAUCCAAACUCCCAACUGGAUAGUCAGAAGGUCUGACUUUUGGACUCUGGGUCUAGAACGAGACGUUGAAGCAACGGUAUCCCAACCAAUUGUUUCUUUUUUAUCUAACUAUGUCCUCAUGGUAUGGGCUUAUUUUCUAAUCAUUGUUUUAUUUUAGAUUGCAAAUUGUUGUUUCAACAUUAUUGCCAAGACAGCAAAUGCAAAUGUAAGUUACAUUUAUUGUGAUUUACAUGAUCUGUGGAAUCAUGUUUCCUGACUGUAUAUACUUUUGAUGUUGCCUACACAAAGUGUGUUAUGCAUCUGUUUUCAAAUAAAGGGCAUUGCAACCCUGGCUGUGGAUGCAUAUGUGGUGGUAACCUGGCUUCCUCCAUAUGAGGCUUCUCCCACGGCUGAAAUGAUUGUGAGUAGUAAUGUAACAGAACUUGUACCUCAGCUUUAACCUCAUGUUCAUGUUCCUCUUUAAACUAUUUUUGUGUUCCUCAGUGCGACUUUGCAUCCAAAGACGUGGUGCUUCUCCCUGCCUGGCAGCCAGGGCACUGGACAUUGUGUGUGAGUAAACCCACGUUUUUUAUCUGAAAUACUGUGCUGUUAUUGAACCCUCAUCCAUGCUUUGUUGGUACAUUUCAUGCAUUACAACGUCUAACAAUCUAACCCAACCUUUUCUUGAUCAAAUCCAACCUUUCCUUGCCCCCUGCACUAUUCACUAUAACUGUAAUUUUUAACGACCCCUUAUCUUGUCAUUCCAUGAAAUAAAAUGUAACAGGUUCUCAAACCAAGACUGAGGAUUCUGCAAUGUUUUGAUUCAAGCCACCCUAGUGGCUUUGGAGAUGGCCGCUACCUAGAAAUCUUCAGGUUUUUCAUAGAAAGUUUAUUACCAGUUCCCUAUGUUCAUAUCUAAGUUUGGGUCUUACAGCAGGAACAGUCUAUUUUUUGACUCAGUAAUUUCCAUGUUAACACCCUCAGGGUAGUUUUGAUUCAAAUUAAGUUCUUUAUUGGUUGGCUAAAAAUCGGCAUCUUUACGUUCAAAUACUGCUUUGAGAACCCAAAGACCCAAGUUCAUGUUUUGGGUUUUCUGGAAGUAUGGUGGUUCUGUUCUGAACUACACUUUUUUUUUUUUGUUCAGCAUUUAUUGUUCCUCUUGUUCAUAUGUUCCAUACGUUCUAUAAGUCCCUACUAGGAAUUGCUGCUACUCCCAGGUCACUUUAUAGCACGGGUUGGUGUAGUUCAGCCCUCUUUUUAAACUAUGCUCUUAGGGCUCAAGGUGGGUAUGUGUAGUCAUGGCAGCAAUUCCUAAACAGGGUUCUUUGUUACAUUUUAAAGAUAUGAAUUGCAACUUACACGUCUUCCAAACCUUUUCAGUACCCUGGCACAUGCUUUGUCCAAUGGACCAUGGAAGGGACUGUACUUGGCUGACGAGGUAAAACUUGU